UCAACUCCGAGGACAACUACUAGUAACUGAAACCGACCAUAGCCUCCUCUUCUCACAAUUUCACAAGAAGAACACUGAAUCAGUCCAGAAGAUCAUUGAUUGCCCUCAACACGCCAACAAACAAAGGUACCUUCUUCAGAACAUAAACCUUUUGAAUUGACUCCAACUCUGACUGUCAAUUCAUUCUAUUAAAAAACAAUGAUGAGAGUUUGGUUGGCACUUGGAGUGGCUACCUCUGCUUCCCUGGUGAGCUGUGCUCUUGGGACAACUGCUCAAAUUGUGAUUAAUGAGAUUGCCGACAAGGGGACAUUGUCAGCCUGCAAUGGCGAAGACUGGGUGGAACUAUACAACUAUGGUGACACAGACAUCCAUUUGGGUACAGAGGGGUACAUAUUGCACGAUGACAACGGCAAGGACCAUGAAAAAGCCUUUCAUUUCCCUGUCACUGCCGAUGCCUUGCUGGCUGCCCAAUCCUACAUGCUACUCUGUCACAAACAAAAAAUACCAGCGGCGACCCUGUCCAUGGGAAAACAACCACCACAAACUCUGGAAGCUGCUACUACUAGUAGUAGUAGCAGUGCCGAACGGCUCCUUCCAGAUCCCAUGUCUCCCCAAUUUGGGCUCUCGGGAGAUGAUACAGUCACUCUGAUGCGCGCCAAGUACAGUGCCAAUUCAUCCGAAGUGUCCACCUCCCGCAUGUCGGCCACUUUUGAAGUUAUUGACACGGUAGAGCUACCCAACACGGACGAUGCCUUUGAUAUCACAUAUGCUCGAGACACUGAAACGGGCCGUUUCAACUACACAUCCACACCCACCCCGGGGACUGCCAAUCUCAUGACACGCAUCCCCACACCGGAAGAACAAAUAGUGGCCCAUAAACAAGCCUUGCGAGAGCAGGAAGCCAUGGGACGACAAUUCUUCAACAUGGACGAACGCGGAUACCCCGUGCCAGAUCCCAUGGACACGGUCCUCAACUUGACCAUUACCAUGUCCGAUACCGAUUACAGAUACAUGAUGGAGAAUCAAACCUUUGAGCAAUACCGACCCUUUCAAAGCGGACAACUCACCACCACGGAUGGACGUGUCUUGCUCUCCUUGGACAAUCCUGGGCGCGUCCGCCCCAAGGGACAAAGUGGUUUGUUUGUGGCGACCUGUCUCGAUACACCGUCCAUUCCCUUUCAAAUCGACAUGCAUCACACCAACAAGAGUCAAACCCUGUUUGGUGUGGAACGAGUCCUAUUGAGGCAUCAUGCCGAAGACUACUCGUUUAGUCGGGAGUGGGCGUAUUAUCGCAUGUUGGCACGGUUUGGAAUGCCCUAUCUGAGAUCGAGAAAGGUCAACUUUUACAUUCAAACACCUGCCAAAACCGUGGCGCAUGGGUUCUACACAUUGAUGGAAGCACCGGAACACGAAUAUGUCUUUGCACGAAAUUUUCCAGACUACAAUCCCGAGGAGUAUGGUUUGUACAAGUUCAAAAGUCUGGCCAAGGGAUGUGGGGAUUACACCCAAGAAGAGUUGAAACAGGCCGAACAACGUCUUCAAACGGAUGUCAGUACACCGCCGUACGCUUGGGAACGAGGAGAACACAAAAAAAAGGUCGAAGUCAAGAACCCCUUCAUGGUCGGAUACUGCCGCGAUCAGUUUGUAUCAGACUUUAUCGACAAUAUUGAACCAGAUAUUGUGCUGGCCUACUUGAGACAUGAUCAGGACUGUAGUGAAAUGCUCACCGAGGAGGGACUGAUUGAGCGAGACUUGGGAACCAAAGACUUUGACAAGGACAUGAAACGAUUCAUUGACAACCAUCUGGGUCCCAACAAGUGUGAUGCAGAAUGUGCCAAUUCCAAUUUGAAGGAGGUGGUGGAUACGGAGAAUUGGCUGAAAAUGUUCGCUUUCUAUGCCACGGCAUUAAGCUUGGAUUCGCCCAUAUCUUUUCACAACAAUUACUACCUGGCUCAAUCGGGAGACAAUGCCGGCUGGAAGAUUGUGCCAUACGAUCUGAACGCGAGACAAGCCGUCGGAUGCAACAAUGACAUUUGUAAUGGAAGAUUGGUGCAUUGGAGCGUUGCCCGACCGACUUGUGAAUCUUUGGAAAGCAAUCAGUUGGUGGGUCCACUCUUGACCGAUCCGGAUCUUCAUGCCGAGUACAUGGGUUAUGUGCGAGAAUUUGUGGAUACCAUCUACGGCAAUGAGACCACCUGGAAGGAGAUUAGCACGCACAUUGCAGAGAUUAGUGACUACGCCAAAAAUGACUUUUGGAGUGCCUUUGGGAUCUUUCACGAUGAGGAAAUAAAUCCACCGGCUGAAGAUUGGAACACGGGGCAGUACCCUCUUUUGGCUGUCAUGAAGGCCCGCACGGCAGAUCUUCGAGCACAGCUGGAUGCCGCGGAGGCAGAGACUCUUGCCAGGGCACCCCAUGUCGGCGUCGUUGGUGGAAACGAGCCAUGGGAAACCUGUGCCGACUGGCGACUGGAGCAACCGAACACGACACGAUGUGAAAUGGAUUGCCAGUACGAGGGAUGCCACAUGCCCGGUUGGACAGUCGAGAGCUUUUGCGAUGAAGGGACAGGUGUUUGCUAUCACGGGGAUGCUGAUCCAAUGUGCCAUGGCGUACCGGAGGGAGAACGGUAUCCAGGCAUGCAAGAUGGCGAGGAUGGCAAACCAACCUACUGUCGUAUGGCCAAGGGAGUACCCGUCAAGGCGUCCGAGUGCCCAGCAGUGGGAGAGUUCACACCCGCCACAGUUCAAACCACGAGUGAUGCUGUACAAAGAGGAAUGGUAUUCGCUUUUGCGGUUGUACUAGUCAUAGCAGGUUUUGUACAGCAGUUAUGAUGAUCAACUGGACUUGAUUAGCUUUUUUAUAUUGUGGAUUUAUGAAUACAUCACAUCAAGUCCGCUAAAUCACUUUUCACCAGAGAUUGUCGCUACUCGCCAAGCACACGAUACGGAACAAUGAAAAAACUAUAGCACAACAUAGAAAAUAUGAUGAGAUUGUACUCGGAACUCACACAAGUCAGCACACAGCGACGACAACCCGACUGUGUGACGACUUGGAGAUCCGACGAGGGAGCGCGGUCGGUACGGAUGCAGAUUGCGUUUCGUUGUCAACCCUCCGUAAAUGUUGGUUCUAGCUGCAGCUCGAUCCCAUCAUUUGUUGCAUAGCGGUUCUGUGGGAUGUAGUCAAAGUCCAAGUCCAGCCCCGAAGAGUCGGUCAACGAAGAAGUUGAUUCGUAGUCAAAAGAAUCCGACAUAUCGUCUUCCUCCUCUCCUUCUGUCGUCUCGUCCCUUUGGCAGGUCACCACUUCGUCAUGUCGUUGUCGUCUUUGACUACUAGCAAUGAUUCGGAUCUUACCAUUUUCGGUUUCAGUUUCGCGAUGGGGAACUGCAUCAUCUCGUUCCUGAUCUGCGUCGGCACUCUGAUGAGUCCCCUCCACCACGGGGAUCACGGCAUCAUCUCGUUCCUGAUCUUCCUCCUGAGCACUUUGACGAGUCGUAUUCACAGCGGGUACCUCCCCCUUUCCAUUUUCACAUUGUCGAGGGGCACCGAGCAGUGGAUCAACGAGUUCCUCGCUUUGCCGGGGACUAUCACGAGUCUUCUUUAUGCCCACUGGUACUACAUGGUUCUUCACUGUACCAGUACUCGUGGUCGUCUUUCCCGGCUGCGGGGAUCCGAACUUCCUGAUCUGUGGCUGUGACUCCUGCUGCGGCUCAGAAGCAACGGCACUAUCGCUCAUCACUGUUGUAGCAGCCGUAGCGUGGCUAGUGGGAGAAUCCGGACCUGGCAUGUAGUCCGGAACAGCAGACUUGGCGUAGCUCUGCAUCAUCAUGGAUGCAAACUUCUUCCGUUCUUUCCUCGUAUGUGUUGACACUCUUCUAGCCUCUUCCUCUUUCUUCUUCUCUUGCUUCACAAGGAGCUUGGUUUGUUCUUGUUUCAAGACUUCCAGCGCGAACUUUUCACGGACAAGUUCCAUAUCGGCAGCCGACACAGACGGUGCAACGCUGUUUGCUGAUGACGGCGGCUGUUGUCGUGGUGGUUUCUCCUUGUGCUUCUGUUGCUUUCUUAAAAGGGGGCUACUCUCCUUCCCAUGGGCAUUAGUAGCUUUUCCUGCUGGGUUUUCUCGCAUUUUCUUCCCCAUUACCUUCUUGACCUUGGCCUCUCCUCCACCAUUCUUAACGUACUUUUCAAUGAUCUUUCUCAUUGUUUCGUCACCUUUCCAACUGCGUACCCUAGGAAAUCGGGUACUAUUAUUGUUGGUCGUCGAUCUCUGUCUCGUUAGGCUCUGUCUCUUCUUCAUCUUGCCAGUGUUGUUGGAGGGAUCCAUAGCCAUCAUGUAGAACAUGGCGAUGCUCUUUUGCAACCAACCUUUCGCUUUUGUGUGCCGGUCCUUCGCUAUAAACCGUAACGCUUUUUGGAACUGUUCCAGACGUUUUGUGCGUUGCAAACAAGGUAAUUAGCCACUUGGAUCCGUUCUGCCGCGCCCCGUCACAAUUGCAAGAAAUGUGCGACUGUCACAAAGUUUGUAGUGAGGGGACAACGUGCCUCCACCCAACGCUGUGGGAGAGAAGUGCGCUGUUGGAGUGCGCCGAGAUGUUGUGGCAAGAACGGUACAGGAAUGUUCACUGAGCCUUUGGCACUACCGUACUGUGGAUGGUAUGGUACUGCCAGCCGAAUUUGAUCUGUAUGUCAUUGCUCGUUGCAUGGGCUUCCGUACCGGUAUACCAGGAAUACGACUGUACCGUACGGUACCGGUACGGUACUGGUACAUGUACCCCUUAGUCUACAACACGACUUGGAAACGUAGACUAGGUGAGGUAAAUAAUAUAAGGUUAAACGUAUAGUUACUUCAAGUACUUAAUUAAAGUAGCACGUCACCACGUCUAACUGCAUGGCUACAAAAACUGUCUUGAAGCAAAUCCAAACAGCUCGUGAAGGAUCGAGGCGACUGAUGUUUCACAC